CUAACCACCCUCCCUCCUUGUGAACUUUGAAACAUUCCACACCCAUAUGUUUCAGUACUCUCUCAUCAUUUCCCACUGCCUUUAGAAAAAACCAGAUCUCUCUCUCUCUCUCUCUCUCUCUCUCUCUCAUGAUCUUCAAUGGAGCACCAAGCCAUAGAUGAGCUUCCCUCUGGAAAAAUAUGCCCACAAAAGCCACCCAAAAAUUUUGUACUGCUAGUCUCUGUCCUACUUCUUCUUACAAUCGUCCAACUCUAUCAUCCUUCAAUAUUCCGCUCUUUAUUUUUGUCAAAAACUAUUGAUUCCAACCCACAAGUGCCCUCUACAUCAUCGCCGUCGUCGUCAGACCAUUCAAAUGUUCAGGAGGAUGAUUUGCCUUCUAUUACUAGCAACUUAAAGUGUGACAUAUUUACCGGAGAAUGGGUUCCAAAUCCAGAGGCUCCCUACUAUUCAAACACAACAUGUUGGGCAAUCCAUGAGCACCAAAACUGCAUGAAGUAUGGAAGACCAGACGCUGAGUUCAUGAAGUGGAAGUGGAAACCAGAUGACUGUGAGCUACCCGUUUUCAAUCCGGCGCAGUUCCUCGAAUUAGUUAGAGGGAAGUCCAUGGCAUUUGUUGGAGACUCUGUGGGUAGAAACCAAAUGCAGUCCUUGAUAUGCCUCCUUUCAAGGGUGGAAUAUCCAAUAGUAGUUUCAAGUACCGAAGAUCAGAGAUUCAUACGCUGGAAGUACACAUCCUACAACUUCACUUUGGCCGCAUUUUGGACGCCAUAUUUGAUCAAAUCCAAACAAGUAACAUACACGGAGGGUCCAACCAAGAACGGCCUUUUUGAGCUCUACCUCGACGAAUUUGACGAGGCAUGGACAACCCAGAUUGAUGAAUUCGACUACAUUAUACUUUCUGCAGGGCAUUGGUUCUUCCGUUCGAUGGUGUACUACGAAAAUCAAACGAUUUCUGGGUGCAACUAUUGCCUCAUAGACAAUGUGACUGACAUAGGCAAGCAGUAUGCCUAUAGAAAGGCUUUUAGGACAGCUUUUAAGGCCAUCAACAGCUUAGAAAAUUUUAAGGGCAUAACAUAUGUUAGGACUUUUGCUCCAUCACAUUUCGAAAAUGGAAUGUGGAACGAAGGAGGAAAUUGUUUGCGAACGAAGCCGUACAGGAGCAAUGAGACACGUUUGGAGGGUUUAGAUUUGGAGCUUUACAAGAUCCAAAUUGAGGAGUACAGGAAAGGUGAAAGGGAAGGGAGAAAGAAGGGGUUGAAAUACAGGCUAUUGGACACAACACAAGCAAUGUUAUUAAGGCCAGAUGGUCAUCCUAGUAGAUAUGGGCACUGGCCAAAUGAAAAUGUGACUUUGUACAACGACUGUGUGCACUGGUGCUUGCCGGGACCGAUCGAUACAUGGAGCGAUUUCUUGCUGGAGAUGUUGAAGAUGGAGGGUAUGAGAUCAGCUGAGGAGAAAAAGCUCCGGAUUACAAACGACACGAGAUUGAAUUGAUGAAUGUAAUUACUCGAAGUUGAUACGUAUUUGAUCAAUGAAUUAUUCAUUUGUUUCAGA